AGGCUGGACUGUGUGUUGUCAAUCAACGAGCCACACCCGAGGAGUCAAAGCUACAUCAGAUGAGAUCAGACGCAGUCAGUGAGCAGUGAAGGCAGGUCAGAGGUCCAACCUCACGGGUUCAAAUCGGUGUAAAACUAAAUGGCCUACAGCAGUGCUUUAGUGUGUGACUCUAUGAGAGCUGAGAUGGAGGAACGCCGUUUCCAAGCAGUUUUGGGCUCUUCGGGAGGGAUUGCUGAGGCUCUGAGAUCAGUCGCGCGAUCAGACACGUGGAGUCUCCAACGCGUUUUUCUCCAAACUUCCUCCCUCCUCAAUGUGGAGGACCAAAAAGACAUUGGCACUCCUCCACAGUCCCCUGUUCUGCUGCGUUCACAAGAUGAGGACAAACGCUGCAUGACUGAAUUUCAGGACAACCUUCAAGAAGAAACAUUUGAAGUGAAGUUAAAAUACAUAAGUGGUUCAGUGCCUCUGUAUCAGGAGUACUGGCUGAAAUGUAUGAAGGCUGAGUUACAGAAGGCGCACCGUAAAAAACUGGUCAAUGUUGUGGAAGCGCAGUGUCGAUCUACCGUGCUAUCUGCUUCUGCAUCAACCCCAGCUUGUGGAUCAAGUCCACCAGGGCUACAUGUUGCACCGUAUGCCCUGUGGCAGCAGCUGCCUGAAGUACAGAGGCGAAACUUGCUGCACACGCUCUCAUCCAGAGACAUUCGCCAUCAGGAGGCCAUGUUUGAAUUGAUCGUGUCUGAGGCUUCAUACCAAAAGAGUUUGCGAGUGGCAGUUGGACUCUUUCAGUCCUCAGCUCAGCUGAAGCAAACUUUAACUCCUGUGCAGAAUCAUGUUUUAUUUUCCAAUUUAAAGGAAGUCUGCAGGGUCAGUGAGAGAUUCCUUCAGGAUUUGGAGAAUCGACUGGGGCAAAAUGUGGUUAUGUCCAAGGUUGGAGACGUUGUACUGAAUCACAAGUCAACGUUUCGUCAAGUCUACGUGCCCUACGUCACCAACAUGAUGUAUCAGGAGAACCUUAUUGCCAAACUUUUACAUGAGAACAGGAAAUUUGUUCUGGCUUUAAAGAAGCUUGAGAAGGACCCACUUUGCCAGAGACAGACACUCAAGUCCUUCCUGAUCCUUCCUUUCCAAAGGAUAACAAGAUUGAGACUGAUUUUAGAGAAUAUCCUGAAAAGGACAGAUGAACACUCCACUGAUGUUCCCGACCUAAAGGGUGCAAUUGAAGCUGUACGAGAGAUAUUAGUGGCGUGUGACCACAAUGUCCAGCGAAUGAAACGGACAGAAGAACUGGUUAGCUUGGAAAAGCUUGUGGAUUUUGCCAAUGUCAAGUCAGUACCUUUAAUAGUAAGUGGCCGUUAUCUGAUUCGAGCGGGACCCUUGAAAAAGUUGACUGUCAAGAGUAAUCAGACUUCAGGCUCCAUGGUCUCACGCACAGACCUCCACCUACAUCUCUUCAACGACCUCUUGCUCCUGUCUGUUAAAAAUGGAAACCGAUUCGUUGUGCAGGAUCAUGCAGCGUUUCCUGCACAUGUUCGUGUAGAGGAGUUAAAGACUCAGAUGUUGGGUCUGCCACCAGAUGCCUUUCUGCUCCGCCUCACCCAAAACCACUUACGAGCUGCUACUGCUGUUAUACUCACUGCACAGACAAGGAUGGAGAAAGAGACUUGGCUCCAACAUCUAUCUUCAAAAAAUGGCACCAUGGGUAGUACAGAGCUCAUUUGAAUAUUAAGUAUUGUAUGUAAUUUUAUACCUAUUGAAUGACAAGUAUAUAACAAUGAUCAUAUUGAUUGUGAGAUUUAACAAACAUGAAACAUAAUUUAUUCUAAAUAAAGCUUAUUUGUAAUAGUCAGCUA